AGAAGCCACUGCAACAAGCAAGCUCGCAUUAAGUGUAGUUUCUGGCUUUAGAUCUUGCCUUUGCAACCAAACAGUCCAAACUUUAACAAGAAAAAGUUUUGAGUUUGUAUAAGCCAUCUUUUUGAAGGGUUUGAACUUGCUUUGAAGAAAUGCUUGUGUCUGCUUUACUCACAUCUUUGGGAAUAAAUUCUGGCCUUUGUGUAUUAUUCUUCACAUUGUAUUCAAUAUUGAGGAAACAACCAAGUAAUUAUGAAGUUUAUAUACCACGCUUUCUUGCUGAGGGGAGCUCUAAGCGGAGAAGUCGUUUCAACCUAGAAAGACUAAUACCAUCUCCUGGUUGGGUCAAAAGGGCAUGGAAGCUAUCUGAAGAGGACCUCUUGUCAACCUCUGGCUUAGAUGCUGUUGUCUUUAUGCGUCUUAUUACCUUUAGUUUGAGAGUAUUUUUGUUUGCUGGGGUUAUUGGGAUAUUUGUUCUUCUUCCAGUUAAUUGCACAGGAGAUCAACUUAACGAUAUUGAUUUUGCUGAUUUGUCAAAUAAUUCUUUGGAUGUGUUUACCAUUUCAAAUCUAAACAGUGGCUCAAAAAGGUUGUGGGCUCACUUUUGUGCUGUGUAUCUUGUCACUGCAUUUGUUUGCUAUCUACUCUAUUAUGAAUAUAAAUAUAUAACUGCAAAAAGGAUUGAUUUUUUUCACUCAACCAAACCUCAGCCACAUCAAUUCACCAUUUUAGUACGCGGUAUACCUGUUUCUGCUGGGAGCAGUGUUAGUGAGAGUGUUGAAAGCUUUUUCUUGGAGUAUCAUCCUUCUACAUACCUUUCUCAUAUGGUUGUUCAUCGAACAAGUAAACUUCAAAGUCUCAUUAAGGAUGCAAAAAGAUUGUAUAAAAGGCUUACCCACUUACAGUCAGAUCCCAAUCAGCAGAAGUAUAGGCAUGUUGGGUUGUUUGGACAAGUUGAUCUGGUGGAUCAUUAUGAAAAGAAAUUAGAAGACAUAGAGGAGAAUCUGAGAUUAGAGCGAUCUGAAGUUUCAUUGGCAGCAGAAGAAGUUCGAGCAGCUUUUGUCUCUUUCAAGUCUCGGUAUGGUGCUGCAAUUGCUUUCCACAUGCAACAAUCAACUAAUCCAACACAGUGGGUUGCAGAGCAAGCUCCUGAGCCACAUGAUGUCUACUGGCCUUUCUUUUCAUCAUCAUUCAUGAGACGAUGGCUUUCUAAGAUUGUUGUUAUUGUUGCAUGUAUUUUCCUGACAAUUCUAUUCCUUAUUCCUGUUCUGGUUGUGCAAGGUCUUACUAACCUAAAUCAGUUGGAAAUUUGGUUUCCAUUCUUGAAAAGCAUUCUAACCAUAACAUUUGUCAGUCAGGUAAUUACAGGGUACCUUCCCAGCCUUAUUCUUCAGUUGUUUCUCAAGAUUGUGCCUCCAAUAAUGGAGUUCCUUUCCUCCAUACAAGGAUAUAUAUGCCACAGUGAUAUUGAGAAGAGUGCGUGUAACAAAGUGCUCUGGUUCACAAUAUGGAACAUAUUUUUUGCAACUGUAUUUUCAGGAUCAGUUUUAUAUCAGAUUAAUAUCAUCCUUGAUCCAAAGAAUAUUCCUGCAAGGCUCGCUGUUGCUGUUCCUGCACAGGCAUCUUUUUUCAUCGCUUAUGUCGUAACAUCUGGAUGGACAAGUACGUCAUCAGAACUUUUUCGCAUAAUCCCCCUUAUUUGCAGUCUAAUAAGAAGACCUUUCAGUUGUUGCUUGGAUGAAGAAUUUGAAGUUCCAUCUAUUCCUUACCAUAGAGACAUUCCAAGAAUUCUUUUCUUUGGACUUCUUGGAAUUACAUAUUUCUUCCUUGCACCAUUAAUUUUGCCCUUCCUCUUGGUAUACUUCUGUCUUGCUUAUAUCAUCUACCGCAACCAGUUCAUAAAUGUAUAUGCACCCAAGUAUGAGACUGCAGGGAAGUUUUGGCCUAUUGUGCACAAUUCAAUGAUAUUUUCUCUCGUACUUAUGCAAGCCAUUGCAGUGGGAAUCUUUACGCUGAAGAAACUCUCUCUAGCAUCAACUUUAGUUUUUCCUCUUCCUGUCAUUACACUUCUCUUCAAUGAGUACUGCAGGAAACGUUUCUUGCCAAAUUUUAUCGCCUACCCUGCUGCGGUUUUGAUAAAGAGAGACAGGGAAGACAGACAUGAUCCUAAAAUGGCAGAAUUCUAUGAUAAUUUAGUGACUGCCUAUCAGGACCCAGCCUUGUUACCAAUUCAGUUUUCUACAAAUAGUGACAGUCUUAACAGCCCUCUUAUAUCAGCUUCUGAAGUUCGACAUUAAGGUAUGAUUGUUUUUAUUAUUUAUUGACCUAACUAGUAACACUAUGAUUUACCGCCUUUUCAUAUAGAUUUUGCUUCUUGUGGCAUCAAUAAUCACAGGUAUCUGAGGAAAAGUGCACUUAAUGUGCAUAGGAUCUAUGCCUGUUUGCGUCCUCAUAGAUAUACAUGAUUAUUUGUGUAGUGGCAUGUAGAUGAACCAUAAGCUAUAGCAAAACCCACUAAGCUUGUCUCGGCAAAACAAAUCUGACCUGACAUUCCCCCAAAUUUUCUUGUUAACAAAACCUGCUUAUGCCAUUAAUCGUAAAACCAUAUUCCAGGUUGCUAGCUUAUUUUUGGAUGCUUAGAUGAUAUCCACUCGUUCUCUGUAUCCUCGUUGUUACUAGUUUAUUGCAUUCAGAUCAAGAUGGAAAGCAAAGUCAUGUGGCCAAUAGCUGAAGGUCCAUCUCCAGCACAGGCUAAAACUUUUAGUGUCGUGUUAUACUUGAACUUCUGCUGCUCAUGCAUCUUUCAUCACCAUUGUAUCAUCACAAAGAAAAGAUUGAUAGGAACUUACCCUUGCUGCACAGUUUUGAUUACUUGCUAUCUCCGAAAUGGUUGAAUUACAAUAUAAACGAGAUUAUAGCCAUGGUUUGAAACUGACAUUUGUAUAAGAGAAGGAAAACAUUUUAACACUCAUUCAAAUUAUAAAGCAUGGAUAGAUUUUUUUUCUUAUUGUUAAGGUAAAACUAGAAUCUUGGGUGGGUGAGUUAACUCAGUUAAAGAAUGUUGAACUUUCUAGUCAAUUAGGUGGGUUUGGAAUAGUGAAGUCAAACAUCUCAUAUCUUAUUUGUUAGUAUUUAUUUAUUUUGUUUUGCAAAAUUUUUUAGUAAAAGCGAUCACGCGGUUUUAACGAUUUGAUUUCUUGACAAUAUCAAAUAAAAAGAACUCAAGGUUGUGAGCUGGGGCUCUCAUCCCAUUUGCCAUAUUUAUUUACUCCAAUAAUUUUAAUUUAUUGCAACAAAGCGAAAUUAUGCCAAUAUUUAACUGGAAUUGUCCUCGUAAGUAUUAAUCAUGGAUGGUAAUUUCAAAGAAACAAAAGAACAGCACAAAAAACGCAACCCAGGAAUAUUACUAUAGUAUAUUUCAAAGCAUUGAGGGCAUCUACUUUCGUCUCCUCUUUUGGAAAUUUGCCCGCCAUUUUUUGAUCCAUUCUCCGGUUUCUAUUUUCCCAACUCCAAAGUUUUAAGAGCCUCAGCACUUUUUGAAACACAUUUUUUCAUUCUUAAGAAACGAUUAGGUUUCUCUUUUCUAAUUAACACUUGUUUUUCAUACUUCAAAAUUCAAAUACAAAAAUUAUGCAUCAAUCAUUGAAUUAAAUGUU